AUGGCCACUUCAAGUUCAAGCUCUCCAUUGCUGUUUCUGAUAGCAUUCCUACUGUUCAAAGUUUCACGGGCAGAGUCACAUUCUGUCCAUGAGAACUUUCUGCAAUGCUUUAUCUCUCAAUCCUUCAUUCCAAUCUCCCAAGUGCUUUACACUCCAAGCAACUCUUCCUACUCAUCUAUACUGAAGUCUACAGCACAAAACCCUCGAUUCUUGACACCCACAACCCCAAAACCACAGCAUAUUGUUACUCCAUUGACUGAAUCUCAUGUCCAAGUGGUUGUUUCUUGCUCUAGAAAAUAUGGGUUGCAGAUUAGAACUCGAAGUGGUGGCCAUGACUAUGAGGGUCUCUCUUACGUAUCUAAUGUCCCAUUUGUCCUCGUUGACUUGGUAGAUUUUCGAUCAGUCAGUGUUAAUGUUGAGGAUAAUAGUGUAUGGGUUCAAUCUGGUGCGACCCUAGGUGAAGUUUACUAUAGAAUUGUAGAGAAAAGUAGAACCUUUGCUAUCCCAGCGGGUCUUUGCCCUACUGUAGGUGUGGGUGGGCACAUCAGUGGAGGUGGGUAUGGUACUAUAAUGAGAAAAUAUGGCCUUGCAGCUGAUAAUGUGAUUGAUGCUCAGAUAGUGGAUGCUAAUGGCAGAUUUCUAAACAAAGCAUCAAUGGGAGAGGAUCUGUUUUGGGCCAUAAGAGGUGGGGGAGGAGCCAGCUUUGGGAUCAUUCUUUCUUGGAAGAUCAAGUUGGUUCCUGUUCCACCUAUUGUGACUGUUUUCAGGUUAAACAAGACCUUAGAAGAAGGAGCAAUCAAGCUUCUCCAUAGGUGGCAAUUUGUUGCCCCUAAGAUCCAUGAAGAUCUAUUCCUGAGAGUUGUCCUAGAUGCUCCAAGGAGUCAAAGUGGUGAAAGGAAAGCAACAGCUUUAUUUGAUUCCUUGUUCCUUGGCAGUGCUGAAGAACUUCUUCCAUUAAUGGAAGAGGGUUUCCCUGAAUUGGGUUUGGAGCUCAAGGACUGUAUCCAAAUGAGUUGGAUCGAAUCGACCCUUUAUUUUUACUGGUUCCCUCUUGGAGAAUCUUUGGAUGUCUUGCUGAAGAGGACCCGAAAUGAGGGCUUUUUCAAAGGUAAAUCCGAUUAUGUGAAAAAACCCAUUCCAGAAAUUGGAUUGGAAGGUUUGUGGAAGAGGCUUCUUGAUGACAUAGAUGCAGCUCAGGUAAUCUUCACUCCUUAUGGUGGAAGGAUGAGUAAGGUUUCAGAAUCUGAACUUCCUUUCCCACAUAGAGAAGGGACUUUAAAUAUGAUUCACUACUUGGCUGCAUGGGAUGAACAAGGGAUUGCAGCAUCCAACAAGCAUAUUAGUUGGAUAAGAAGGCUGUAUAGCUACAUGGCUCCCUAUGUUUCCCAGUUCCCAAGGGUUGCAUAUGUUAACUAUAGGGAUCUUGACUUGGGGAUCAACCAAAAUGGUCCUACAAGCUAUGAGGAAGCCAAGGUUUGGGGUCACAAGUAUUUCAAGAGAAACUUUGAAAGAUUAGUACAUGUGAAAACCAAGGUCGACCCAACUAAUUUCUUUAGGAAUGAGCAAAGCAUUCCUGCUCUUAUAUCUUGGGGAAAGAAAAUGAAUACCACAGAUGAAGAGAUGCCCAGCUGGUGAGGUAAACCCACUGUUCCUUGUGUCCUUCCUAGGAGGGAUGGUAGCUAGCUUGAUUUUCAGCAAAAUGCUUCUUAUGUAUUCGAUAUAAAUGUCUCAUUAUGAAAUUGUGCUUGUGUUUUUCUGGAGUUU